ACUGUCUAAGUUUCAGAUCGUUGCUCUGUGAUCUGUUUUCUAGAGUUGAAAAACUAGUGGACGGAGCACGAGACCCGAGUGAGUUUCUAGAAUGGCAGAGGCAACAACGGGAGAGAGACCUCGAACAACAGCUGGCAGAGAUAGAGUGCAGGCGUCUCGAGGGCAAACUUAGCCGCGAGGAAGCAGUCUUGGCUCGCCAGAAUCUUAUCCAGGAAAACAAGAAGAAGGCUCUAAUGAAAAAAGAAGAGGUAAAAUAUUGCGAAAUUAAACAGAUUUGUGAGGCUUCUGUACCAACGCUCAUGUAUUAAAACAAGAUGUACAGCACAAAGCCAGUUUUAUGAAGACAUCUAAUUAAUCAGGAGUAAUGUAUAGGUAUCAGGCAGCUGAGAUUCAAUUAUCUGUAUUCUGCUCGUUUGUACUCAUGUAGCAUUAAUGCCAGGAAGCAGGAUUGUAAUUUCUAAGACAAAUAAUCUAAUUCCAAGUGUGACAAAAAUGAAUAAAUAUGAGUAGUCAUGAGAUGGCUGUAAACUCUAACGAGAGCGCACGUUUCGCAUUUUAAAAUUCAUUAUUGUUUUAGCAUAUCAAUAAAAAGCCAGACAUACAAACCUACAAAUGGUUUCAGAGGAAGAAACACUCAUCAUAAAUGUAUUUCCUAGAACAAAGACGGCUAAAACGUGGCACCCCAGAUUUCUGUAAGCUACAUUGACCGAGAACACCUGGAAACAAGGUCCACAAACAUCUGGAAUAACAUCCUUGUAGAAAUCCGCUUUAAAUGAGAAAUUUUAAAAAACAAGUUUUUGCAACAGUCCACAAUAGCAAUGGAAAUUGAGUCUCUUUGUUCCCAAUCCCAUACAAUAAUAGACUUUCUUUUCAUAUAACACAGAGCUGACCAUCACACAGCCUGAGUUUAAUUUCCAGUGUCUUCUAGUAAUCUUUAAAUGUCCCAUAUGCCAUAACCUCCAUUGUUCUAGAUUAUUUAAAUAUGGUGCUUCAGGGUGAAAGUGGGGUAGAAACAAAAAGAUCCUUAGCCAUUUAUCUCAUUAUUUCUACAUCUAUAUAUGUACCAUACUGUUAGCGCAAGAUAUUGAGUCGACAGCUGCAUCUCAAAACAUGAUUCACCCAACAGCUCUCUCUCUCUUUAAAUAUUGGUUUGUCAAUAUGCUCACUGUUUAGUGAAUAAGAAAUACCCCAUCUCACUGUUUAGUGAUUAUGCUAGAAUUUAAACUGUCAGAGAGGAAGUGGGUUUGUUUAAGCAGAAUAUUGACUCUCCGCCGUCCGCUUGUGUUUCUGGCUGUGUAGACUGCACAACUGAUGCGUCAGUACGCAGAGAGGCGUCUCCAAGAAGAGAAGGGCAUGAGAGACCUCGUAGAACAGGUGGCUGAAGGACACAAAAAUACCAAGCAGGCCCGAUUCAAGCUUCAGAAAUACAAACAACAAAUAG